AUGAUCGAUGAGGGAUGCGAUGAUUCCGACCUUGAACUCGGAAUAGCGUUAUCGCUCUCACACCCUCAGGGUUCGGACGCAGAGCGGCCGCCGUUACCGAUAGUACGCCGAAGGCUACUACCUCCGGUGACCGUGAACGCACGUAGCAAAAAAUUGCUGCGAAAUGUGUACCGAGAUAACCGGUCGCAGAAGAAGAAAAUCGAUGCAUUGAUGGAGGCUACCUUCCGAACGCUCCAGGCUGUCGGCGGUGCUGAGGGUGAGCCUGGAGAUACCAUAGAUGUAGAAACACUCGAAUUAGCACUUGCAAGGCUAGGUUACCCUUUGACUGGCGAGAAAUUGCAGGAAAUGCUGCAAUGCUACAUAGGUGAAAGCCGACCAGCUUCGACACACCUUGAAGACUACGCUUUGUACACUCGCGAGACCCUGGGAGAUCGCAAUUUGGUAUCGGAAUGGCGCCCUAGCGGCGCAAUAGCGCCUCGACCAGUCGACAGGGUCGAUAUUAACACUAUCCGCGAGAUAUUUCUCGACUGCAAUCUAAGAAUAGAGAACAAUGGUCUAAUAUACUGA